UUUCUCUUUCAUCACAUGUUUGACCCUGCCAUUAAAUUACACCAUCAUCAAUCAGUGGCAUCCACCCCACCACACUAUACAUACUUCUGCAUCUUCUUUUAUUCAGAAUCUCUUCACGAAUUGGCAGCGACUACAAUUAAAAAAAAUAUCAAAGAUUCAAGUCAAACUUCAACACUCACCUUCUUCAUCUCGUCUCCGAAGCUGGAAGAAAUGAAGAACCAGCAUCCGUCUUCUGAAAAGGAGUUUUUAAACAAAUUCUACAUUCCGGAUUACAUACUUGUUGCCGGUGGAACUGUUGAGGAUCUUUCUGAACCACCUGCAUGUCCGACACUCGUGUUUAUCAACUCCAAAAGUGGUGGUCAGUUGGGUGGCCAACUUCUUAUUACAUACCGUUCUGUGUUGAAUCAAAAUCAGGUUUUUGAUUUGGGUGAAGAUGCUCCUGAUCAAGUGUUGCGUAGAAUGUACCUAACUUUGGAAAAGCUCAAAGUUGAUGGAGAUAAAUUGGCUGCUAAAAUUGAGAAGCAGUUGCGAGUAAUUGUUGCUGGAGGAGAUGGAACUGCUGGUUGGCUGCUUGGAGUUGUUAGUGAUCUGAAAUUACCCUAUCCGCCACCAAUAGCAACCGUGCCUUUAGGGACCGGAAACAAUCUCCCAUUUGCAUUUGGUUGGGGAAAGAAGAAUCCAGGAACCGAUCGUGGAUCUGUUUUAAAAUUCUUGGAGCAAGUUUCUGAAGGAAAAGAAAUGGAGAUAGACAGCUGGCACAUUCUUAUGAGGAUGAAAUCUGCCGGCUCUUGUGAUCCCAUUGCACCCCUCGAGUUACCACAUUCUUUGCAUGCAUUCAAUCGCGUGUCUGAUACUGAUGAACUUAAUGUGUCAGGUUAUAACACAUUUCGUGGUGGAUUCUGGAACUAUUUCAGCAUGGGCAUGGAUGCUCAAGUAUCGUAUGCAUUUCAUUGUGAGCGCAAGUUGCAUCCAGAAAAAUUCAAAAACCAGUUGACGAAUCAGAGCACAUAUGCAAAGAUCGGUUGCGCUCAAGGUUGGUUUGCGGCGCCUCUCUUCCAACCAUCAUCAAAGAAUAUAGCCCAGAUUAUGAAGGUUAAGAUUAUGCAAAGGCAUGGGGGAUGGAAAGAACUCAAGAUACAUCAUAGUAUCAGGUCAAUUUUAUGCCUUAACUUGCCUAGCUUCUCUGGGGGACUAAAUCCUUGGGGAACACCAAAUCCAAAACAAAACAAAACUGGUGAGGUUCUUACACCACCAUAUGUUGAUGACGGACUUAUAGAGAUUGUUGGAUUCAGAGACGCAUGGCAUGGGCUCUUUCUGCUUGCACCUAAGGGAAAGGGACAUGGGACACGUCUUGCGCAGACACACCGAGUAAGAUUUGAGUUCCAUAAGGGCGGCGCAGACUGCACAUACAUGCGGAUGGACGGGGAACCUUGGAAACAACCUCUCCCAGUAGACGAGAACAGCGACACGACUGUUGAAAUCUCACACCAUGGACGGGUGAAGAUGCUUGCAACAAAAAAUUGCAUUUCAAAAAGUGUUAAAGAUCCAUCAACAACUCAUUCUGAAGGUGAACAUGAAGGCGUUUAUGAUGAUGACAGUGAUAAUGAACAUGCUACUCCUUCAGGUGAAGAGUGGAGAAAGUUUGGUGCUGCAGAAACAUUUAAGAUGCUGGAAGAUGUCGACAUUUCUCGCAUCAGUUAGUUUGGAUUCUUCAUGCCUUAUGCGAGACAGUUAGCAUGUGAUUAUCCUCUGUUCAAGUUUGGAUAUAAAACAUAAUAAACCUACAUGAUGUUUGUUGAUUGAAGAUAACUUAAAGAUCUUUUAUAAAUAGCAGUUGGAGAACUUCAAUA